GCCGAACGGGGAGCCGCGGGGUAGCGGGGAGUCUGGGGCCGGGGGCCGGGCGCCCACCGCUCCGCCCGCCCGCCCCAUGGCUCUGCCCGGGGCGCCGGGCGCCGCCCGCCCCGCUCCGCCCGCCCGGCGCCCAGGGGGCGGCCGGCCCUGAGCCGGCACCGCUGCCGCCGCCACCGAAGGAAACUGGCCCCCGGACUCCUCUUGUGCCACGCAAAAGCCCGGAGGGAGGAGGAAGAGGAGGAGGAGGGGGAGGAAGUAAGAAAAGGAGAAGGGAAAAAAAAGGACAAGGAAGAGCUUGGACUGGAGCCAAGGAGGAUCUGGAUCACGACGGAAGGGACCCUGGGCUCCCCAGGACACCUGUGCCCAGCCAGGAGACCACCACCACCCAGCAUCGGAGCUGGCGACCCCAGAGCAAGGGCCUGACGCAGGGAGCAGCUUCGCUCCCCAGGAACACCCAGCCCUGCAUCCCCCUCCCGGGCACUGGGGAGCAGGCAAGGUGUGAGCCACUGGAUUUUAGCUUCCUGGGACAUCCAAGGGACUCUUCCUCUUCCUCUUCUUCUUCCCACUCGCCCACCUGAUUGGGCAGUGCCCAACUCCUCCACCCGCCCCAUGGCCACCCCACAUCUCCCUGCGGCCUCCAGCUGAGUCCCCUCUGCAGCGUUCCUGACUCUGCAUAGUGCAUCCCAACCCUGCUCCCCACUCCAAACCGGAGCCCCCCAACCUCACAGGGAGGCAAGCGUGCGGCUGGGACUUUCUUGGAGGCAGGGGAACGUUAAGAUGUUGAAAGCUCCCUGGCCGAGAGGGGCUGCGCGGACGCCAGGCCACCCGGCUAGUGGGGAGGAGGAUGGACAGAGCUGUUGGGGCCGGGAACCGAGGCCAGUAGGGAAGGAUGGACUCCCAGACCUGCCAGGACAGGCAGCCCAGUGACCACCCCAGCAGCAGCAGCAGCAGCAAUUGUAGCAGCAGCAAGAGUAAUUGCGAAAGGGAAAGGAUCCGGAGUCGGAUGAAAAUGGUGAUCGGGCAACUGGAAGGCAUUUUACAGGAGCUCAAGGAGGUGGCUAAGGAGCUCCGGGAGGUGGUGAGCCAGAUCGACCGACUGACAUCUGACUUUGAGUUUGAGCUGGAGCCAGAUGACUGGACAACGGCAACAGCCAGCAGCACCUCCAGCAGUGAGAAGGGGGGAGGCGCCUUUGAGCUGGGACCCCUUGAUUUCCCCACCUCUGACAUCCUCUCUGACAGCUGGGAAUUCUGCUCUUUCCUGGAUGCUUCCACCCCCUCUGACCCGGGCGAUGGUCCUGAGACCCCCCGGCCGCAGCUGCAGCCCUUGCCAGCUCGCCAGCCUGAUUACCGGCUGAUGAAUGGGGGGAUCCCCAUUACCAAUGGUCCCCGGGGCUGUGGGACCCCAGAUUCAUCCAGCGAGGAAGCCUUCGGCACGACAGCUGGCCAAAAGAUCCCACAUCACCGGCCGGCUGGCACGCGGGAGCGGGUCCGAUUCAGCGACAAGGUGCUUUACCAUGCGCUAUGCUGCGAUGACGACCGGGACGGUGACAGCACAGUGUCCCCAGGGGAUGAUGGCCCCGAGGAGCUCAGCCGUAAGGUGCUGGCAGGGCCAUCCUCGAAGCAGCCUCCCACUGGUGGUGGUGGACCCCCAGCGCGGCGGCUGACGAGGAACAGCAGCACGCAAACCGUAGCCGAUAAAAGCACCCAAACGGUGCUGCCUUAUAUCCCGGCCAAGCAGAAAAUUAAAACUAAAAACUGAUGCCGGCUCUGCCGCAUGGAUUUGGGGGGGGUGGGUGGAUGGGGUAUUCCUGGGGGGGGGACAGAAAAAAAAAAUAUAUCUAUAUAAAUAUAUAUUUAAAUAAAUCAAUACUAAUAAUAAAAUCAAGAUGAAAAGGUGGAAAAGAAGACAAAUGUCCCAACUACCUACCCAUCAUUUUCAAGGCUCAGGGAAUUUUAAACUGUUUUUAAUGUGGA